AUGACUUCUGUAGAUCCAGAAACUCCAAAAUUGCAAGAUGAUACAACUAUUAAUGAAUUAACCGAAGAAAAUAAAAUUGAUGCUGAAACUAUAAAAAGAGAAUUUGAAGAAAAAUCAAGAAAUUACUUAGUAGAUCAAACAACUCAUGUUAUAAUUCCAUCAUUUGCCAAAUGGUUUGAUUUAAAUAAAGUGCAUCCAAUUGAGAAGAAAGCAUUUCAAGAUUUUUUUAGUGAUGCAUCUGUUUAUAAAACUCCAGAAUCAUAUAAAUAUAUUCGAGAUUUUAUGAUAAAUACAUUUAGAUUAAAUCCAAAAGAGUAUUUAACAAUAACAGCCUUGCGUAGAAAUUUAUCGGGAGAUGUUACAAAUAUAAUUAGAAUUCAUCAAUUUUUAGAAAAAUGGGGUUUAAUUAAUUAUCAAAUUGAUCCAAAAACAAGACCAUCAAGUUUAGGACCGCAAUAUACUGGACAUUUUCAAAUUACUUUAGAUACACCAGAAGGUUUAGUACCUUAUAUACCACAAGAUGCUAAAAUUAUAAAACAAGAUCAAACAACAGAUAAACAAGUGGAUCAAAUCAAAAAAGAAUCAGAAGAUGAUCAUUCUUUACCUUUAAAUCUCGAAAUUAGAAGAGAUAUUUAUUCAACUGGUGAUAUAAAAUCGAUUUACAAAUUAAACAAUACUGUACAAUAUUCAUGUUCAAUCUGUGGUAGAGAUUCAACAGAAGUAAGAUAUCAUAACCUUAAAAUCAAAUCAUAUACUUAUAAUUCACAAUCAACUAUAAACAAUGCAAGUAUAUUAUGUACAAUUUGCUAUGAACAAGGAUUAUUCCCUCUGAAUUUUCUGUCAUCAGAUUUUGUUAAAUUAAAAAGUAUACAAGAAUCUUCAAAAUGGUCAGAAGAAGAAAUAUUAUUAUUAUUAGAAGGUAUUGAAAUGUUUGGUAUUUAUGAUUAUCCAAAUCCUAAUUUAAACGGUAGUACUAACAAUAAUUUAAAUGCAAAUUUACACAAUCAAUGGGAUAAAAUUAGUGAACAUGUUUCAACAAAAUCAAGAGAACAAUGUAUUAUAAAAUUUAUUCAGUUACCAAUUGAAGAUAAAUUUUUAGUAAAAUUAUUAAAUGAUGAUAAAGAAGUAAAAAAACAACCUUCAAUAGAUGAAAAACUUGUAGAAAAAGUAGUUCAAAAAUUAAUUGAAACAAAUCAAGGAAAGACAUUUUUAGAGUCUAAUUCAAAAGAGAAUUUACAAAAUUCAAUUCUUGAACAAACAAAUUUGAUUAAUCAAAUUAUUGAAUUAAAUGUUAAAAAAUUUAAUCUUAAAGUAAAUAAAAUUAAUGAAUUACAAGAAAAUUUACUCAAGAUUGAAAAAAGAUUAAAUAAAGAAAGACAACAACUUUUAAUUGAAAGAUGGAGUCAAUUUGAAAAAAUUGAAAGUUUAAAAAAAGAAAGACCAGAAUUAACUGAUAUCUUAAAUGAUUUAAUUAAACCAGUUAAUAUUAAUGAAAUAAAUAAAACAAUAAAUCCAAUAAUGCAAGAAGUUAUAGAAGAUAAAAUGGAUAUUUAUGAAAAUAAUGAUGGUACUUUACCUAUUAGUAUAACUGAACCAAAAUCUUAUCAAUUUUGGUCAGGUUAA